AUGAAACAGUCUGUGCAGUUUGGUACAAAAAUUUGGAUAUCGAUCGGGAGUGGUGACGUGCCAAGAGCUUACUGGAUAAGUGCGCGAACGGCAAGUUACUAUGUACCUUCAUUAACUGCAAGCAGGAAGUUAAGGAGGGCGAAAUUACCAAGCGUGAACAAGGAACUAGUUGCAAAAUUGUUGGCUUUAAUGGAAGAAGUGAAAAACGUCGAUGAAAGAACAAAAAAAGGUUUUCUUGAUUAUAUUAUAUUUAAUCAAGAAAACCUUUUUGAAGAGCGGGUGCGAAACGAAUGUGGGAACCUCGCCGGAACAAACUGCCAACGAUCUUGA